GCGGGAUCCGGGAGCAUGGGCCGGGCGGCGGCGCGGGCGCGGGCGGGGCGCGGGGCGGCGGCGGCCUGCAGGGGGCGCAUCCGCGUCCGCACCCCGCGAUCUCACACACACCGCACACAUCACACACGGCCACACGCACACACACACAUACACGCGCGCACGCAGCGGCACACGCGCCCGCACUCCCCGCGCCCGCCCGGCGCGCACUCGCGGCCCGCGCAGAGCUCGGCGCUGUCCCCGCCCGGCGCCGGGCGCCCCCUCCGGCCCGGGGCGGCCCCAUGCCCGGCCGCGGCGGCGCGGCGCGCCUCUAGGACCAUGUUCCGGGACCCGGCGGCGGCCAGCCCAGGGGCGCCCACCCGCGAUGUCCUCCUGGUGUCCGCCAUCAUCACCAUCAGCCUUAGCGUCACUGUCGUCCUCUGCGGCCUCUGCCACUGGUGUCAGCGCAAACUGGGCAAACGCUACAAGAACUCCUUGGAGACCGUGGGCACGCCAGAUUCUGGGCGUGGGCGGAGCGAGAAGAAGGCCAUCAACGACCUAGACAGAGACUUUUGGAAUAACAAUGACAGCACAGUGCAGCAGAAAUGGAGCUCCUACCCUCCCAAGGAGUUUAUUCUAAACAUUUCACCCUACGCCCCUUAUGGCGACCCACGACUGUCCCUCAAUGGCACCCUCCUGUCGGGCGCCAAAGUGGCCGCCGCGGCAGGGCUGGCGGUGGAGCGGGAAGGCCGGCUGGGGGAGAAGCCGGCGCCGGCGCCUGCGCCGCCACCCGGAGAGGACGCCUUGAGAAGCGGCGGGGCUGCCCCCAGCGAGCCGGGCAGCGGCGGCAAGGCGGGGAGAGGCCGCUGGCGGACGGUGCAGAGCCACCUGGCCGCGGGGAAGCUCAACUUGUCCAAUUUCGAGGACUCCACCCUGUCCACGGCCACUACCCUUGAGUCUAUCCCCAGCUCCACGGGAGAGCCGAGGUGCCAGCGACCCCGCACCCUGACGCGGCAGCAGAGCCUGCAGCAGCCCCUGAGCCAGCACCAGCGGGGCCGGCAGCCCAGCCAGCCCACCACCAGCCAGAGCCUGGGCCAGCUGCAGGCCCAUGUGGCCGCGGCGCCCGGUGCCAACCCCCGCACCCAAGGCCGCGGCCCAGCCCGGCAGGCCACCUCGGCCAGCUCCAAGUACCGGGCGGCUGGGGGCCGCAGCCGCUCCAACCCGGGCAGCUGGGACCACGUGGUGGGGCAGAUUCGAAACCGAGGCUUGGACAUGAAAUCCUUCCUGGAAGGCCGGAUGGUGGUGCUAUCCUUGGUCUUAGGGCUUUCGGAGCAGGAUGACUUUGCCAAUAUCCCUGACCUGCAAAACCCAGGAACCCAGCAGAACCAGAACGCUCAGGGGGACAAGAGGUUGCCCGCAGGUGGGAAGGCAGUGGACACAGCGCUGGUGCCAGGCCAGACGCCCCACGAUGAGUCUGACCGCAGGACCGAGCCCCGCUCCUCUGUCUCGGACCUUGUGAACUCCCUCACCAGCGAGAUGCUCAUGCUGUCUCCCGGCUCUGAGGAGGAUGAGGCCCACGAGGGCUGCAGCCGCGAGAACCUGGGCCGGAUCCAGUUCAGUGUAGGCUACAACUUCCAGGAGUCCACGCUCACCGUGAAGAUCCUGAAGGCCCAGGAGCUGCCGGCGAAGGACUUCAGUGGCACCAGCGAUCCUUUUGUCAAGAUCUAUCUGCUACCUGACAAGAAGCACAAGCUGGAGACCAAGGUGAAGCGGAAAAACCUCAACCCCCACUGGAAUGAGACCUUCCUCUUCGAAGGUUUCCCCUACGAGAAGGUGGUGCAGAGGGUCCUCUACCUCCAGGUCCUGGACUAUGACCGCUUCAGCCGCAAUGACCCCAUCGGGGAGGUGUCCAUCCCCCUCAACAAGGUGGACCUGACGCAGAUGCAGACCUUCUGGAAGGACCUGAAGCCAUGCAGCGAUGGGAGUGGGAGCCGAGGGGAGCUGCUCUUGUCACUCUGCUACAACCCCUCUGCCAACUCCAUCAUCGUGAACAUCAUCAAAGCCCGGAACCUCAAAGCCAUGGACAUUGGGGGAACAUCAGACCCCUACGUGAAGGUGUGGCUGAUGUACAAGGACAAGCGGGUGGAGAAGAAGAAGACGGUGACCAUGAAGAGGAACCUGAACCCUAUCUUCAACGAGUCCUUCGCCUUCGACAUCCCCACGGAGAAGUUGCGGGAGACCACCAUCGUCAUCACCGUCAUGGACAAGGACAGGCUGAGCCGCAACGAUGUCAUUGGCAAGAUCUAUCUGUCCUGGAAGAGCGGGCCAGGUGAGGUGAGGCACUGGAAGGACAUGAUCGCCCGUCCCCGGCAGCCUGUGGCCCAGUGGCACCAGCUGAAGGCCUGAGAGCCCUGGGACGCCUGGGGGCCAAGGCCCAGGUCCAUUGCACUCUCACCACUCCACGCACACCGCCUGGCCCAGCCCCGUUGUGGGUGAGAGGAGGAACCAAGGGUCCUGCCGGGGGUCCCCACACGCAGGGCCAGCCCCCGAUGUCCAGCCCUGGCCCACAGUUUGUGGGGUGGGCUCCAGGGCCCCCUCCCUGCUUCACCCACUCCUUCCUGACUUUCAAUGCCGAGCAGUUGGGGGGGGGUGCACAGACGGACAGCCUCCAGGGGCCCGCCAGGUGGGCACAGCCCCCGUUUUCUUUAUGGCGGUGCCCAGGGUGAAGAGAAGCCCAUCCUCCCGGCCCAGGAGCAGGUGCUGAGGCGUUUGGCCCCAGCCUGGCAGGACAGCCCAUCUGCAGGUGGCUUCAGGUGCCGGCUGGGCCCUGAACACUGCAGGAGGGGCACAGCUCACACUGACACAGCCGGCCUUGAGGCUCUGGCUGUGUCACUGUGUGCAUGCUGGUGACAGGCACUGUGCCCUAUCUGGGGUCAGACAGUGGUUCAGAGACGCAGGAUUGCCAGGGCCAGGCGGGGUUGCGGGGGCAGGGAUGCGACUCCUUCCCUGCAACUUCACCUCUUGGACAUCGGUUCACAACUUUUAGGCACCUACCGUGUGCAUAGCAUUCCACCAAGACCCACGCUCCCUUCCGUCUCAGGUGUCCCAGCCCCGCCGGCUCCUCCCUACCCCUUCCCCACCUCCUGGGCCUGGCCCAUCCCUGCCUUCGCCUAGCUCAGGCCCUCCCUGCCUUCCUUCCUGGUGAGGGCUCUCAUCUGACCCGGGCUGCCUGGUCCCCGGAGCGGCUCCUUCCAGCCUCCUGCCAACCGGCUGGAUCCUGAGGUGACCGAGGCUAGGGGUGCAGGCUUCCCGCAAGACAGCAGAAGUCAGGACCACCCGGCUCGAACCCCUGCCCCCUCCCCAAGCUGGUCCUCCUGCGGCGAUAGGGCCUCCCGACGUUCCCAGAACACACCGCCAGGUGGCGCCAGGACACCGCAGGAGGCGGGGCACCUGGCCGGGAAGGCGCGGGCUCCCUGAGCCCAGCUAGUGGCGUGUAGCAAAGGCCGGCCCGCCGCGAGGUUCUCGGCUCUCUCUCGCAUGGAAGCCCCCGCCCCCCGUCCCCCACCCAGGAUCCGCAGGGAGGGGUUCCGGUAGGCGCGCAGUUCUGUGGGCGAGGAAGGCCUAUGGGAUGUGCAAAGCCGUGGUCCCCACAGCCCGUGUGAGCAGUGUCCCUCAUGUAGCUGUGUGUGGCGUGGUAGAAGGCGGGGGAGCGGGCUCUACUCUGCGUCUGCCCUGAGGGACCCGCCACAGAGCCCCGGUCCCACGCGGCCACGCGGCCCACAGCCAUCCAGGCAGGGGCCUGGUUCUGGCAAGAGCCAGGUGCACUGUGCGCCUUUCCCAUGUGGGAGGCUGCGUGGCUGGGCUGGGGGGGGGGGCUGGAGAACGGAGCGACGCGGGCUGGCAGUAGCUGGGACGGCCUCGGGGAGCCAGAGGGCAGGGCACGGGGAUGUUGGGGGGGGUGCCUCAGCCUGGCCUCUGACCCAGGAUCUCCAGCAGUCACCCACCCUUCCUGCAACUCAGUUUCCCCAUCUGCAAAUGAUGGUAAUAAUACUUCACCUACCUCAUGGGGGAGGUUGUGAGGUCACCAUCGCCCUGACCUGGGGCUCUAGCGAGACGGAAGGACCCUGACGGUGCUAAGGAAGCAAAGUAUUAUUACCGAGGCCUGAGUGCUGCCCACCGGCGGUCUCUGCCCCGGGACUCGAGGCCUGGGCCCCGUCUCUCUGCCGCGUCCUGGGUCCUGUCACAAGUGUCCUCCGCCUCGUUUGCGGCGCCCUAGACCCGGUCAUGACCCGGUUCAGCGCUCUUCUUGUGAACAUCACCCCAUCCGCCUGACCCCCACACCACCACCACCCAGGCUCCCGAGCCAGGGUUGGGGACAAAGGAAAAAGCCACACAAAAGCCACGGGGUGUCCAGCCCCUGGGGUGGGGACUGGUGGCUGUUGUUUGUAUCGUGUUUGAGUCUUUGAGUGCAAGUGUUUUAUAAAAAAAAAAAAAAGACAAAAACCCACUAAUACAAAAAAAAAGAAAGAAUUUUUGCAGUGAAGAGAAAUGAAGAGAAAAAGCUGAAGAAACAAAGAAAAAAAGAACCAUACAGAAGUUUUCCACCACAUACACCCUGUAAGCCAGCAGAAUUUCCUCUUUGCAAAAUCCUAUUUUUGUGGGAAUGGGCCCUGCUGUCGGGUAAGGCCUGUUCUGAUUAAUAAAGGAUGGUGAAAAGCA